GGCGGCGCCGUUCGGCUCCGCUUCUCGUCUCGCCUCGAUCCUCUUGUGCUCAGACAGGCCGCUCCUCCUCCUGCGGCUGCGUGCCCCCACCGCACUCACCGGGGAAAGCGAGAAAAGGGCGACGAAAAUAUCCUCCUGCCCUCCAUCCAGCGCGGCAGGCGGGGGAGCGGACGCCAUCGCCGCCGCCGCCCGCGGGAUAGAUUAGGCGCGGGUAAUGAGUGGGGGGCGACCGCGACGGGCCGAGGAGCGCGCCGCCGCCGGUGGUGACCCCAGCCGCUGCUGAUUGUACUACUGCCCGUCCUGCCGUCGCGGCCGCGGCGCGUGUGCGGUGGUGGACUGGUGGUAGCUCGCGAGGGGGGACGGUGCUGCCGGCCGCGGGGAUGGAGGAGGAGGCGCCCGCAGAUCCAGCGACGGCGUCGUCCCGCGCCUGCGUCUCCGGCUCCGGCCGCUGCUGAAUCGGACGCUCCAGUUUGGUGUCGCUUGGUCGAGGCGGGCGUGAUUGGUGCGGUUUGGGUAUGGUGGGCGGCGGCGAGGGGGAUCGCGUUGGCGGCAGCGGCGGCGCCGGGGUGGCGGUGGGGGGAGGGCAGCAGUUCGUGGACCGGAGCAAGGUCAGGAUUCUGCUCUGCGACGGCGACGCCACCAGCUCGCGGGAGGUGCUGCGGCUCCUCUGCAACUGCUCGUACCAAGUAACUUGCGCAAAGUCUCCGCGGCAGGUGAUCAAUAUUCUCAACUACGAGGGCAGCGAGAUCGACAUCAUCCUGGCUGAGGUCGAUCUCCCGGUCACAAAGUGCUUCAAGAUGCUCAAGUACAUUGCUAGGAACAAGGACCUGCGCCACAUCCCCAUCAUCAUGAUGUCCAACAGAGAUGAGGUCUCGGUUGUUGUCAAGUGCUUGCGGCUUGGGGCAGCCGAGUACCUGGUGAAGCCAUUGCGCACCAAUGAGCUGCUGAACCUUUGGACCCAUGUGUGGCGGCGGAGACGGAUGCUUGGUUUGCCCGAGAAAAACUUCUUCAAUGACAACUUCGAGUUGGUGCUCUCAGAACCUAGUGAUGCCAAUACAAAUAGCACCACCCUCCUCUCAGAUGAGACAGAUGAUAGGCCAAAAGAAAACAUGAAUCAAGAGACUGGCACCUCAAAUCAACGUGAAUACGAGUCUAAUCCUUCUGCUGCUGAGACCGAACUAAGAGGCAAAACGGAGGGUGUGCCAGGUUCUGUUGUAGAUGCAGAUCAAGCAUCGUCACCAGGAAGAAUGUUUUCACGCCCUAUAAAAACUAAUCUGAGGGUUGGCGAAUCGUCUGCAUUUCUAGCAUAUGUUAAGUCAAGCACCCCAGUCACCAGCUCAUUUGAUAGUGAAUUACAAAGAGGUGGCAGUCGGUUAGAAUCUUUUGAUAACCAGGGUAAUUGCUCUAGCGCAACUGACAGAAGUGACACCGGUACUGAUGUAAAUAUCCGGGAUAAAGAAGCUUAUGAGAUGCCUGUACAGUACCCUAUGGUAUGCUUUUCAUCAUCUAACCUACAUAUGGAGCGAAGCAAUGAUGGCCAAAAUGGUACUUCAGGAACUCCACCUAUGUACCAUUACCCAUUUUAUUAUCCAGGGAUGGUGGAGCACAGCAUAGCACUUUCUUCGGUGCAAAAUUUUCCAGCGAACGUAAACAAUGCUCAAGGACAUACACAACCAACGAUGAUCCCCCAGUACAAUGCUUAUCCCCAAUGCUAUGGUGUACCUAUGAUGCCAUCGUUUCAGUUUAAUCCCGGUGGUAUGAUUAUGCACUCAAAUCAUUUACCGACACAAAAUAUGUGGUCAUCAGGGUCAAGCACACCAGUGCCUGAGGAAACAUGCAGUCGCUCUGAAAGGAGGGCCGCAGCACUUGCUAAAUUUAGGCAGAAAAGGAAAGAGCGCUGUUUUGACAAGAAAGUGAGGUAUGUGAAUCGGAAGAAACUUGCUGAAACAAGGCCAAGGGUACGAGGACAGUUUGUUAGGCAGGCAGGCAAUACCGAUAUUAUCAGCACUGGAGAUGAUAUCUCUGAAGAUGAAGAUGACGAUCCAUCGUCCAGGGAGGUAGAGAUGGUUUCUUCUCCAGAGUAGUGGAAAGAUUUCCCAUGUGAAAAGAUAAGAGUGCAGAUGAUUACUGCUUACUUUGAUACAACUCAGUGGGCCUAGGCAAAUACAUUCUUCUUCUGGGUAAGGCAAUGCACCCUUUCGUUCUCACAGUAUACCCUUUUUGUCCCCAAGAAACAUGUUACAUGUGGCAAUACCACCAUUGUUACUCUGGACAUUUUGGAGAAAUCAUCUUUAUGAAGACAUGAAGUUUAGUUGUAGUUAUGCUAGUUAGUGACACAUACCAGUGUAGAUCAAUAUUAUCCAUUGCAGACUGAUUUCGGCCUUUUGAGGUAGACAGGGCUAUUGUCAUACAUUCUGCAUGUUAUCAGUUGAUUUCCACAUUUUGGGUUUCCUGGUCCAUGUGCAUUUUGGUGAAAUCGCAGUGAUAACGUUUUUCCUUA